UUCAGGACCGAGUCUCGAGCAAUCAACCAUGACUGAGGCCAACCUGCAAAUGAAAUGUUGCAAAUGCUGCAAGACUACCAAGGAUAAUGGGCCUCCAGGCACGUGUAUGUGCAGCACUUGCGGGCACUGGGAAUGCAAUGACUGCAGCUUCACUCCGGUGAAGAAAGUCGUGGUUAAGAAGCAGAACGGCAAGGAUAGCAAGAAAGGCAAAUAGGGGAUGCCCGGGAGGGAUUUAGAACCGCGCAUGGCAAUUCAAAAGAGAGGCUUGACUGUCUUCUGAAUUAUGGGGUUCGUGGCGCUACAGUUUUGGGAGAUUGGAGAUUGGAGAUUGGGAAUAAUCAUAUGAUGAGGCGUUACGGGUGGGGAGUUGGAUUGCUGGAUUAGAACUGGAUCUGACUUCAUAGAGACCAAGCA